AUGGAAAGUGCUCUUUACUCCAGAAUUUCCGAAGGAAACCCGAAUAAGAUGGAAAGUGCUCUUUACUCCAGAAGUUCCGAAGCAAACCCGAAUAAGAUGGAGAAAGCUCUUUACUCCAGAAGUUCCGAAGGAAACCCGAAUAAGAUGGAAAGUGCUCUUUACUCCAGAAGUUCCGAAGGAAACCCGAAUAAGAUGGAAAGUGCUCUUUACUCCAGAAGUUCCGAAGGAAACCCGAAUAAGAUGGAAAGUGCUCUUUACUCCAGAAGUUCCGAAGCAAACCCGAAUAAGAUGGAAAGUGCUCUUUACUCCAGAAGUUCCGAAGGAAACCCGAAUAAGAUGGAAAGAACUCGUGAUUUUAGAAGUAAAAGUGAACAAGGUAACGUUAAGAUCCGAAGUUUGCUUUCCAUCUUAUUCGGGUUUCCUUCGGAACUUCUGGAGUAA